UAGAGAGAGAGAGAGAGAGGGAGGGAGGGAGGGGGAGGCAUGUGGAGGAGGAGAAAGAAGUUGUAGUGACGUCGCCGGAAAUGGAUACUCCCGCUAGAAACCAGAUCGCCGCCUCUUCUCUCUCCAAAUUCGAGGACUCACCUGUGUUCAAAUAUAUAAGCAGUCUUUCACCUAUUGAGCCAGUCAAGUCUGUACAUCCUGAUUUCAACUCGCUGAUCUUCACUUCGCCUUCAUCUUUGUUUAAUUCACCAUCAACCAAUUCUCAUAAGGAAUCCAGAUUUUCAAUUAGAAGGCAUCCAUCCUCAGAUUCCUCAAGAUCUGGGUUACUUCAGAGUGGAAAAGAAAAUACAAGUAAAGAGGUUUCACAAGCUGUUCAGCUAUCUGGCCUUUAUGAUGAACAACUAGGAUGCCUUACUCAUGGGAGUUUGACUGGAGAAGGUAGUACUGGGCCACCAAAUGAACACUUUGAUUUAGCAAUCGAGCUGCCAAAAGCCUUGGAUUAUAAUUCUGACAGCCCUCCUGGUCAAAAGGUUUCUUGUGAUGAGACAUCAAGAGACAGGAAUGCGAAUACCCCUAAAUCAGUUGUUCAGUCUGAUGACAACUUGAAAAAGAUACACCAUCCACAUGAAAUUGAAGCACAAUUGCAUAGAAUAUAUGAAGAUAGGAAAACUGAGAAACCAAAGGGAUGCAAUUUGGAAUCAUUCACAUCUGACGCUGCUGAAGAUCUGCUGAGUUACGAUUCAUCUAUAAUCCAAAGCGAUACUGAGUGCCAACAUCAGAAUGCAGCAGAUCCUGGAACCAGUUCUUUCAUCUCAACUAUCCUACAGUUCCCACAAGAUAGCAACCACAAUUUGCAGAAAAAAGAUUCUGUUGGCUCUCAUUCUUCUAAUGAACAAGCUGAAGUGGGAGAAUCAGUGGUUAAGUCGGGAAGAAUCGUGAACAUGAAUGAGAUUCAUCAGGCUCCAGCUAUGCGUUCUGGCAAUUCUCUUGAUAAGUUAGCUGUUGGUGAUCCAAAUUCAAGUCAAAAUUCAGACUAG